GGCGGCCAUGCUGACGCAAUGACUAUGGACCGGGUCUUGCCGGCUGGGUGUACAAAUAAUCUCUGUCACAAUGUCACAUAUCCCGUGACCGUUUAUCCGAAAUUAACUGAGCGUCUAAGCCUCGAACUUUCGACACCAUUCUGGUCAUCUCAAAUCUUCAUUGCUUUCUCUAGUCGAGUCUCGAGAUGAGUAAGGUUGUUUUCGUGGGCAAUGUCCCCUACAACAUGGGGGAGGAAAAACCUUUUGUACAGGAACAGCUCAUCGAUGUCUUCAAGUCGGUCGGUCAAGUUGUAGGUUUCAGACUGGUCUUUGACAGAGAGACGGGGAAACCUAGAGGUUAUGGCUUCUGUGAAUUUGCUGAUCAUGAAACCGCUGCAUCUGCUGUGCGGAACCUCAAUAAUGCCGAUGUUGGUGGCCGUCCCUUACGAAUCGAUCUCGCCGACUCCGACCCCUUCCUCGAAGGCAAGACCACUGUACGAGGCGAGCUGCUCGAUGGGAGUGAUCCAAGAGGCCGCUGGCGUGAGCACCGUGAACAAGAUCGCGACCGCGAGCGAUAUGACAAUAUUCGCGAUCAACCCAAAUCUCAAGACCCAAAUUCUUUCUUGUCAAGUUUGCCGCCUGGUGUGCCCAUAGCUCCUGGGUCAACUGCAUUAGAUACCAUCAGCCAGACACUUGCAACUAUGAGCCCAGCUCAGUUAGUCGAAGUUCUUGCCCAGAUGAAGGCUUUUGUGAUUACCCACCCGGACCAAGCAAGGGCACUACUUGUUGCGCAUCCGCAGUAUGCAUAUGCAUUGUUCCAAGCAUUGCUGUUGAACAAAAUAGUAGACCAGAGUGUUCUUCAGCGCAUGCUUCAAGCCACUGCGGGUAGCGGUGCUCCUCCAGGUGCAGGAAUUUCUCAACAGCCCCACCACCAAAUGCAAUACCAGCAGCCUCCACCCAUGCACCAGCCUCAACCGCACAUGCCACCGCCAAUGUCCGUCCCUCCACCCGCGUCUACUGCUCCACCGAGCAUGUUCCCGCACCAACAGCCCCCGUCGCAUAUGCCAGCUCCACCACAGCAACAGUCUUGGUAUCGGCCUCCGCCCCACGCAGUCCCACCGUCCCAUUCGGCUCCUAUGCCCGACCUAAACAUUGAUCCAGCUCAAAGGCAAAUGCUAAUGCAGGUACUCAGCUUAACUCCAGAUCAGAUCAAUGGCUUGCCGCCUUCCGAGCGAGAAGCAAUCCAGAACUUGCGCAAUCAAUUUUUGGGAGCAUAG